AUGUUUGGGGAAGCUAUUUGGGAGUCGCCGGGGGACGAUGGAGUAUUGCGUUCUUCUUUUUCUUCUUCUUCUCUAGGGCAAGUCAUGCACACAAUCCUUAGCUCUCGGCCGAGGCACCUCAAGGCUGCCAUCGCCGAGCUCGGUCCGUCUCCUUCGAAGAGUGCCUCUGGCGGUUCGCUUCUCUGCCUAGCUUGCUGCUGGUCAUGCAUUUUUAUUCAUUUUUGGGGUCGAUGAUGUGAAGUCGUGAAGUGUGUAUCUGCAGCGCUAUUGGAUGAGUCUCUCUGCUUCCUCUGGAGACAUGUGGAAGACGCCGCCAAGAAGGAGGAGCCGCUUGAUCAUGUUCUGGUUCCUCUAAUCGAACGCGUACAUUGCUCAUCUUGCUCCUUAUGUUUCUUCAAAUCUUGUCGUUGGAUGUGGAUAUUCAAUCAGAAUAAUAAGCUAAGUACAACCUUCUACGCUCGUCGGAGCUUCAUUCUUACGCUGCUCUCGUUGUUAGAAUCUCAUUUUCAUCCUAAAUCCCAUAUCCAUGAAGAUGGAAUAUAAUGUUUACAAAAUAGUGGUUGUAAAUGGUUCGGUGGAAUGUUAGCUGGUUCCUCUCGUUUUCACCUGUAUCCGACCCAUAUGAGAACCGAGACUAGGUGCAUGGACAUGUGAUGACAGGAACAGCGAGUCAUUGCGUAUAAAUUAUCGUAACCGUAACUGUUGUACGCCAGGUGGAGCUUCGAAUAUUUGGUCUGGAGAGAAUCUCGUCGCCUGUUGGUUUUCUAGAAAUUGUGUUUUUCGAAUUCUGUUAAUCAUAGAGCAUGCUCGACAACCUCCUCCUUCUUUCUCUUAUCUGAGAUGGAGGUCUGGUUUUUCCCUUGAAAACACGGUCUCAUUGGCUCCAUGGCAUCUGUCCAAGCUCAGACUGAAGCUGACUUACAUCUGCAGACAAAAUUGGAGAAGGAACACAGGAAAAUUCAUAUCAAUCUUUAUUUUUCCUGUUGAACCAUAUAAUUGGUGUGCAUAUCCGAUGACAUUGCUGUAUUCGAGAAAGGUCAAGUCCCAAUCACAUGGCCGUGAAUACCAUUUUCCUAAUCGAAUUGCCCAUGAACAUACGUUUUGUUUCUGAUUAACCCAAAUCUCAUGCAUUCUGUCGUAAAAUUUUUGGAAAUUCAUGUCGAGCACCAAGCUUUUAUUUCUAUCUUAUCUCAUCACGUGCUCAUGGAUGAUCGAGAAAGAUAAAAUUUUCGUUCUGCCUCUCUGCUGCAAGAACUUUGGUACCAGUUGAUCAUUUUGUCAAUGUCAUCUCGUACUCGGCCUUCAUAAUAUUUGUAAUAAUCUUCUUUGUUUUCUAGGAAAUUGGUUGAUUUGUGAUUCUGUAAACUCCGAAUCCUUUCGGUCUUUGGGGAUUAAAUCAGAGGGGUUUGCUUCUUUGAUGCCUUGAGGUGCAACUUUCUGUUAUUGAAUUCUACUGUACUUUCAAAUGAGUAUACUUAAUACCUUGGCUUCUAGUACGUGUCUGGAUAAUGUUUCAUUGACCCACAAGUUAACAUCGUCAAUGUUUCAUUACAUUUCCUUUUCUCUUUCCUGAAGCCACCAUGUGACUAUCAGCUUCUGUCACCUUCCACCCUCUGUUUCUCUCUCAAUGUUUUUUAACAUUAUAGCUCUUGGCCAGAAUAUUGACGUAGUCAGACUUCAGAGCGUCUCCUUUGUGCUUGUCCUUUAAAUUAUUGUUUCUUUUUAGGUUGUUCCUUCGUUCUAUUUGUCCUAUGAAUAAUGCUUUGAUCUCUUUCUUCGUUGAUUAUUUCAACCUUUGCUAAAUAAUUGAGUUGUGAAGCUCACAGCUCGCUAGCAAUUAGUAGGUUAGACGAGUAUAUGUAACAAUGUGGUUUACGUUAUACCAUUCAAUGUUUGGCUACUGUGGGACGUUCUAGUCACCUGUAUGCAAACAUUUAUUUUUGGUGUUCUAACGCAAAGAUAGAGUUGGGCGCAUAACUCAGGAACAUUACUUGAAGAUCCAAUGCAAUGACUAGCAAUCAAUCUUUCCAUCUUAAAACUAAUUGUCGGUGAAUGAAGUAUUCAUGUCUACAGAUUUGACCACACAAUUUAAAUUUACCCUUUCAAUGCGUGACAAUUUUAAUAAGCACUCUAUUUAGUCUAAACUCACCUCAAUCUUUUCAACUUCUUAGUCAAAUUGACCAUCUGUGGAACCUAUUAGUUUUAAUCUUUCUUCGGUCUCGUAACUCACUAACUUUGAAAACCCUUCCUUUUUGCACAAAAACACCCCUAUUUUGAAGACAAGCUUUCUCUUAUUCUCAUAAUUGGUCUUCAUAAAUCUGGGCUUGUGAUUAGUAGGUUCUCUGAAGCCAGUCAUGGAGACUAACUGCCCACAUCCAUCAAGACCAAUAAGUCGUCAGAACUCCUAAAAUAGGAUCUCUAUGAAACUUAGUGGUACAUAGAGAGAAUUGGGGUUGCUUUUAUUGGAUUGGUCUCACCUCUGUGACGAAGUUGAUUCAGUAUCCUGUUAACUUGGGCCCCUAGAGCUUCCCUAGGUGAAUAGAAAACAUGAAAUUUUUCCUGGGUACUUGACGUGAUGAAUAAUGAUGUGGGAUGAUUGUUUCCUAAAACCUAUACUAUAAUAGGAUCUCUAUGAAAUUUAGUGGUACAUAGAGAGAAUUGGGGUUGCUUCCAUUGGAUUGGUCUCAUCUUUGUGGUGAAGCUAAUUCAAUCUCCUAUUAACUCGAGUCCCUUGAGUUUCCCUUGGUGAAUCAGAAACGUGAAGUUUCUCCUUGGUACAUGACGUGAUGAAUAAUGAUGUGGGAUGGUUUUUUUCCUGAAACUUCUUCUUCAUAUCGACUUGUUGAGUAUCAGCCCGACUAUCAUCAGUUGCAGCAGUUGGCACAAUAUGCUUUCCUUGCUCACCGAUCUUGGAUCUAAAUAGGGGAUGAUCUCUACAAAGCUCUUCGAUAAUCUUAGGGGUUUCCAACUUGAUGUUGCUAAGUGAUGGCACCGUGGAAUAAUAAAACGAGAGAGAGAAUAAAAAAUAUGCAUUAUGAUUGUGGCUACAGUGGGUGUCACAAUCUGCUGGGAACGUUGCUAUUGAGGAUGAAAUCAAUCAUCUAUAAAAAAAACUUGCAAUGGUGUGUUUAUAAUUUUCAUGUAUCUAUUUUAAUUAAUUAAUUAAUUAAAGUUGACUGAGUCCAUGCAGUUUUAAAACUUUAAGUUGCCAUUUUACUUUUCCUUUUUAAUUUAGCUCGAGGGAUGUAACAUUGAUUCGUACUGUUUAAACUCGAGCUGUGCAUGAAAGAGGGUGAUCGCCAACAGAGUAGAUCAAUUCACGUGCUAUAUAGUAUGAAGAACUUGAGGUAAUGAGCUCCUAUUAUCAUUGAGCCAGCGUAUAUAGGUUUAUUUUGUAUCAUACAAAGUAAUAAACCACAAACUUUAUCCUCGUAGAGGGGGGAUAUAAAUACUUGAUAAGCUCAGCGUGAACUCAUUCUCCGAAGUCCUGCAUAACAACAAUUAAGCAACAUCGUAUUACGUUCUACCUCCCUGUUCUGUGCAUCCGACAGCUCACUCCCAUUCUUUAGCACCAGGAAGUAGCUUACAUUGCAGUCUAUCCAUAGUUGAUCUUCCUCAACUUCCUGUGAUAACUUCUCCUUUGUUGAUUUCCAAUCCUCCAAAUUCCUUGAAGAAAGUCCCAAAGUGAAACCAUUUACUUGGCCUCCAGGUAAUUGACCUUUGUUGCUAUAGUUGAUUUCUUGGAAGCUAAUCAGUUUUUUACCAUCCUCCACGAGGAAGAGAAGAAAGAAAAAUAACCUUACUUUUCCUUCGUCAUGUUGUAAUUCACAUGUGUAAUCACUGACUGAGAAACUGAAUUGUUAUUGUCUUAGCAAGCCAAUUAGUGGAUGCAUCUGUUCGUCAUUUUUCCUGACUUUUUGAUACCAAUAUUGUACUCAUUUUUGUUACGUCAACCAUCAAUGGUCCAAGACACAUUUUGCAUCCGUCUAUUGUCAAAGAUUUUGUAGCUUCCCUGGCUGAUAUUAGCCCUCUGAGAUUGGUUAGAAAAAGGAAGCCAUGUAAAGGUCUCAUAUGUUUGCUAGACAUUCAAAGAGAUUCUGGUGGAUCAGACUGUACGCUCAAUUAAGAAUAGAGCAAUUUCUGUUGCUUACUAGACGAGGUUGAGAGAGGUCUGUUGAAGUUUAUACAUCGAGGUGAUGAUUUUUAAACCUUGUAUUUCGUGGGUGGAGAUCCAUUUGACUUGAAAACCGCUUAUCUAACCUUAGAUUUUUGACCACGUCUAUAGUUGGGCAGAAAUCUUAGGAUUUUCAUGAUACAAUCGGAAGGUUUAUUGUUGCUUCAUAUUGAAAGGGAUUCUACUUACUCAAUAGAAAGCGUUUGUGAUUUCAACUUCCCAUUCUAUCAGAUUUCUCUUCCAUAACUUGACCGUGAUCGCUGGAGCGUAUAAAGAGAGUAAUCCGUUCUUGUCCAAAGGCAAGAAUUUGACCGUACUUUGGUUGAAGAUCAGUGUGUUUCUUGUUCUGGGGUGGAGGUCCUGAGUUAACUUCAUAAAAUGCCCCAUGGAUACAUUUAAUUUCGUUUUUGUUUGAAUGGGGGUGGCAUAAAAAGGAAUUUUCUUUGUAUUGAGAUAGUUUAUAUCAUCUAUCUUUGUUGUUUUAUGUAGCCCGAGUCAAGAGUUUGUUGAUACACAGUUUUUUUUUAAAAUUACUUUUGGUGAUUGCUGUUCCUUUUCCUUUGUGAUGGUCUUCUAAACCUCUCACAGGAUAAGCCACUAAUGGAUUUCCUGCUAGAUAUUAUUUCAUCAAUGGGUUUGCCCAUGUAUGAUGAAUGCAACUGUACCCUUCUGCUAAAAUAAAAGAUCCUGUCAGGUUCCUUGUGAGCACAAAUUUAUUGCUAGGUUGGAGAAAAACUAUCAAUUUUUUGUGAAGUGAGAUAUCAAGCUCUUGAGCUCCAACAGUAGCAUUUAAAAAUGUACAUGUGUGCCGAUCAUUAAUUAGCCAAACCUAUUACCUUUCUUGGUCAAUGUUUGUUACGUUUCCCUGUCUGCUUGAUUAAUCUUUUCUUCAAUUAUUUUCAUUUUACGCUUUGGUCUAAAUGCUCUUCAUUUUUUUCCUCUAAUUGCUUGUUUACUUGUUUGUUGCAUGUGACAAAGUCCAAAGAGCCAAAGGGUAGCAAGCAAGUGUUCAUUCUGAUUGGAUGGUUAUGCAGAAAUGAACUUCUUCUUCAAGCUAUUUUAAUUAACCUUAUAGAAAUUAUUACAACUAAGGCUGAUCAUUUCACUGCCUUUGGUUGGUGUACCUUUGUUAAAAGCCUAGUUGAGCUAUCUUCCGAUCGAUUUUUUGAAGGUACUGUGUUACAUGACUUUUUCGCCAUUUUAGGUGCCUAUCUUUCAGAGUAUUGCUAAUCUAAGAUUUUGAUUACUUAGAGUGUUGCUGUAAAGUUAAGAGGGUGGAGUGAUGUGGAUAUGAGCUUCAUAGGCUGUUGGUUUGUUAGCAUUUAAAAAAUUUAGUUUCUGUUAUGAUGUCUUUUCACCUUUGAGUAAUAUGUGCUUCACAAAAGCGAGUUCCAGAGAGUGAAAAAAAUAAUGCUCUAGCUCUAAAAUGUUUGGAGCUAGAUGUGGAUAAUGAAUGGGUUAUUUCCAAUUUUUCUGGAGAGGUUCUGCAUUCCUGUAUCCUUUGGCUUCCUUUCAUAAACCAGUGUGACCAUCAUAAGCAACUUGCUAGCAUAAAUUUUUUACCAGGGGCUUCACUUUUUAAAGUUGGCGAGGCCACAUUUCGUUGAUAACAGUGCGAUUCUGAGUAUGAUCGUGUUCCUCACCUGAAAGACUCUAUUCCUUAGGUUAUUGGUUGUUUCUAGUUUUUCGUAUCAACGCUUAAGCAUGUUUUAAUAUCAUCAUCCUGGGGUCUCUCCCGUUAAUUGGGUGUUGGAGAAGCCCAUGCUAUGAAAUAAAUGAUCUCUCCCUUGUGUCAUUCUCUACUUGACAUAUAAUUCGUGGUCGAAAUAGCUUUUUCAUGAGGUGUCUAAGAUUACAAAACUUGAAAGAUUACGAAUCUCAAGAAAUAAAUGGAUGGGGAGCCUCUGGUCGAGGUUUUCUUUGACUUUGAGAUGGGCUCAGAUUAACGUAAGUGAGCAGUUUUUUUGUGGGACAGGAACACACUCUUUUCUAGGACUACAAUCAGGUCCCCCCUCAGGAACACAUUCUUUUGCCCCCCUGUAGAGUGGUGGGCAAAAUUCAUUUUGCUUUCAUUUUUCUUAAAUCCUGACGAAUCUAUUGUAAAUUAGCUGAUGAUGUCUUCCUACUUACUGUAAACCUGAUUCAUCGUUUCUAGUCCACUUACACUCGUGCUGAUUGUUAUCAUCAUUACUCGAGCUAAGGUGCGGAUUCAUUUUAUUGAUUACUUUUCCUGUGUAAUAGGGGAAGAGGAACGACAUCAUCUCACUUUAUUGAAGAUUCUUUGCCGAUCAAUUCCUCGCCUACUGGUUAUUACAUGUGAGGGAAGGUAUAAUUGUAACCCCUGUUGGAAUGAUACCCAGGAAGAUGACACUGUUUUCUUGCCGACAUUUACAGUGUUGUUCUAUGUUUCUCUCUAGUCCUGAGAGUUUCAUUUUAUUUUCUUUCAUGUAUUACAAUAUGAACUGCCCAUUCACUUAAAUGCUUGAGCGUAAAGCUUAUCUGAGAAUUAUGUUUUCUUGCAGCACUUUGGUUGAUGGAUUUGAGUUGCCUACUCGCCUUGCAGUGGCUGCAGCAGAUUGCACUUUAGUUCUUACAGAAGCGUUGACGAAAAAAGAAUUUAUGUCAAGUAGUCAGAAACCUUUGACCGAUUCAAAGAAAAAAAACGAGCUUAUCAAAAUGAUAUCACUUUCUGACAAUGAAAAGGAACGCAAUCAAACUCAAGUAACAGAUACAUCAGACGAUAUAGGAUCUGAAUUUCUAUUGUGGCAUUAUUUGAAUGAGCUCGUUAUCCUAGUGGAAAAACUUGAAGCUGUAAUUGUUUUCUACUCAUUUUUCUCCUACACAGCUGUCGUUGGAUUUUCGUUUCUCAUUCAUGAUUUUAGUUUCUUUUGCGACAUCAAGAUUAAGUUUUAAUUUGAGCGUGUUUGUGGCUUAUUAAAGUGGAGCAGGAAAAGCUUGCCUUUACAAGAGAAAGGGCUGAAACAAGUAAGAAAGUGGUUGUUGGAGAUAAAAGAGUAUUAUUCUUUCGUACAAGAUGAGGCAGGUUUUGCAUCUUAUCCUCUUUUAUUGCUCUAUGCGGAUUUUCGUGUUAAUCUGUUACAGUCUCAUUUCCCUCAUUCAUUUCGCUAUAUAAUUUGAUUUUCUAAAAUAGGUGGCGAGUCGCUGAGGAAUGGAGUAUUAUUGCUUUCGUCAUGUUGGAAACAUUAUGGGAUGCUCCUCCGUUUUGAAAAGUACAAAUCCUCUCAAGAUUGUCUUCAAGUGCUUGACCAAUACUUGUCUGCUCUAGAGGUACAAUCACAUGAUAAUAUUCACAUGAGAGUUCUCUGAAAAUUUAUCCUCCACUUAACAAACUAUAGGACAAUUUAUUGUUAAUUUAAUGCCAUACGACAUUAUAAGCAAAUAACUCUGUUCUUUGACUGUGUUAGCUUUUGAAUAUGUAUGGAUAGCAGCUCUUGUAGUAAUACUCUUAAGGAAGUUGUUGAUCAAACAGUCUUCCAGACAUGAGCAUUUUUUCUUUGAGGGAUAACUUUUGCUUCUCAGUCCUGCUCAAUAAUCAGUAAAAAGGUUAUCUUCGAGUUCUUUCAGAUGCUAAAACUUAUGUUUCACUUUAAUUCAAUAAUCAGUUUUUUUUUUCUCUCCUUUCUGGCUUAUGACGAAUUUUAUACUUUUGGUCGUUUGAUUUUAUUUUCUAUACUUUUUAAUAGAAGAUGUUGAUAUUUCUGAUACCAAAGUCAUAACGUUUCUGAAUAUUUUAAAACUCCUUGGUCUAGCUUGAGCACUGGGAGUUUUCUCCUCCUUGCACAGCUGACUUGAGUUCGAUCCCAAAGGUAAAAGCGAAUUCGCGAUUCGGAGGGAUAUUAUCUAUCAAUGUCGGUGUCAAAGAGGUUGAACCAAUUUCCAGGAAGGUUUGGGAAAUCUAACUGUAGUUGAAUAAUGGUGACUGACGUCUUACAGUCACCGUUAAAAAAAAUGGCCCGGUCUAUUUCAACAUGGAAACAUUCUCUCCUACUUCAAACGGCAAUUUCUGUCUUAGCAUUGACAUUUUCCGGGCGAGUCUGACGUGCUCUUUCGAGCUCAAGGUCGGUCCGGACUUUUGAAGGAGCAGUUCCAGUGUUGACUGUACAAAAGUGGUAGAAUUGGAGAGAAGAAACUCACCGACAAGAUGCUGGUCUGACCACAUUGGGUUUUCUGGAGAGCUAACUGAAGGAAGGGUCUAGUUACUCUACUUUACCGUUAAAAUUAUGUAAAAAAUUUACAUGGAUAAACAGUGGCCUAUUAAGGUGACUAUUUUCUCUUAGCAAUAAUGAAGAAGCUAUCACCUAGGGUUCCUAAUGAUCCGAAAUAUUGUGAACACAAGAGCAUGAUCUUCUGCACCCAAAUAUGCAUUUUGAAGUAGCCAUGUUCCAUGUAGAUCAAGCUCUAAUUUUUCAAGGAGAAGAAGACCUAUCAACCUAUUUCGGUGAGGAAGAUAUGCCCAGUACUAGAUGACCAAGGAUGGAUAUGCCGUGCCAUUUUGGUUCAAGUACUCCUGUCCCAUCAUCUUAUAUUUUCUUGGCAAUGAUGUUCCAGCUCCAGCUUCGACUCAUGAGAAGCUUAUUGGUGGUUUCAGAAGAAAAGAAAAAGAGGAAGAAAGAGCAGAAGAAAAGCAUAUUCUCAUGGUCACUAUUGUUCCUAAAUGGGGCAAUGAGUCUCCCGGAUAAAAACUUGGUGGAGGCGGGAAUUAGAUUACUAGAGAAGAGUCCCCGGAAAGAUGAGGGCCACGGCCUAGAGUGAUUCCUGUUCAGGAUGAGUGAUUGGUGAAUGAGAAAAUCUGUGGAAACCCUAGCAUAGGUGAGAGCUGUUAGGGCACUCAUCCCCAUCGUGGAAGGGGAGUCAAAGGCAUGUUGUUGACAUUUGGAAGCCAAUGUGCCUACAGUUGGUUGGUUGGGAUUUUAUUUUUGUGGAUUGAAUUUCUAAAAAUACAAUAUCUUAAUUUCUGUCUGGUUUAACCUGUAACUUCAAGGGGUGGAACCUCAGCGUAUUGCCUUGUUACUUUAUUUAAUGAUAUUUUGCUUGUAGAAAUUUCAUUUCUUGGUCUAAAAGUAGUGUAAAAAAUUAACGAGUUAGUGAUUUUUUUGUUAUCAUCAAGAUUAACUUGUUUGGUUCAACAACUGUAAUGUUGCCUUUGCUUAUUUGCUUUCUUUAUCAUCCAUUUACGUUUUUAAAGAACAGUUGCAUGAGUUGAAUUGCUUUCUGGGUAACAAAAGUUCGACACUUGUUUUAAGUGAUCAUUUUGGACGGUCAUUACACUUAAAUCCGGGUUCAGUUGCUCAUAAUUUUCUCAAAGAGGUAUCCAUGGGAAGAGAUUUUGCUACGCCAAUCGUGUAACAGGUUCUAAUUACAAGUAGAAUAAUUCUGUACUUAUCUAUGAUGAUCUAGGCUUCAAGAUUUUUAUUUCUCAUGCAACACCAUUCUUAGUGAUUUUUUAUAUUAUGUGAUCUGGAGUGCUUAUGCUACUGUUUUCUUUUUUUAGCUUUCCGAUAUAUUAUCAGUUCUAGGAAAAAAAAUCUUUAUUUUGUCAGGGAUCUUUGUCUAGCACUAAAUGUCCUGUUUACAGUUCUAUACACAACAUGAUGCUGACGGUGAUCCUAUGAAAGUUACGAGUUCGAUUGAGACCCGGAAAUUCUUCUUGAAUUGCAUAGCACUUUUCUGGGGUAAACUUCCUGCAGAACAGCGGAAGACAGCAACAUCAGAAACUGGAAUUAAGCUUGUUAAUGCCCUACUGUCACAGGUAGUCUUUACUCUAGUAAUUUAAAGAGGAUAUGUACUUAGCAUUUUCGGUUAAUCGACUUUUGUUGUCUUUGGCACCUUUUUGUGAUGGAUCAUCUAAUAUAAUAUGUGACUAUUUUUACAAUUUAUACUUUUUGUUGAAAUUGUUUCAUCUGAUAAUGAAAGUUCCAUUUCUUGUCUUUGUAUAUUUCUGAUGGUGGUUAGACAUAUUUUCCUUCCUUUCAAAAUACUACACACGCUUAGGUUUCGUCCUUAACUGAACGAAGUUGCUCUAAUGGGUUAAGUCUUGUUCUGACAGCUGGGUAGAGACAGGUUCUGUUCAAUGACAUAUUUUUUUAAAAUAUGUCAAUAUCGGAUCUGAUACUUCUUUAUUCAAGAUGUUAUUAUCAAGGUUGCUCUCAGAUUCUAAGCAUAUUUUAUUUUCUUGUUGGAUGUGGUUUUCGAACUUACAGAUUUUGCAGAUGAGUUUGGAAUUGUAGUCAAUGCACCUAGAUGUGUUGUCUACUUGAGGUUUUCCACUGCAUGAUGCUUUCCCUUUGUAUUUGCGUUCUCUGUGAACUUAAUACAAGAGGUUUGUUUCAAAUUUUUUGAGGAUGCUUGUCCCAUUCGAUCCCCUUGAUCGGCGGUUCAAGAGAGAAAUUUUAGAUGAAAAAUAAUUUCGGUGAAAUAAAUGAAUUAUCACAGGAGUAUAAGACUAGUUGUUACAGAGCACGCAGGUUGUCAACAUGUUCUCACAUUUUGGGUAAGAGGUUAUCACUUGGCAGAGAAACGGGAGCUGAUGUAGCAGCAGGAAUGCUAUAGAAUUAUGGAUGCCUUUGCCAAAAAGUACCGAUACAUAUCCAUAGAUUGUGUCCGUUACAAGUUCUCUUAAGUGAUGCCCUCAAAAUAAGUCCCCACCACUCCCCCGUGAUAAAUAAAUGAGAAAUAACGAUACAUGGAAAAAUGAAUCAUACUUGUGUCCAUGUAAACAUCAACGCUGCAUCUGCAACAAAACAUUAGACAUGACUAUGGGGUGAGGCUAAGCCUCUUUUGACUAUACUGGUUGUUAAACUGUUGUUUGCAUAGAUGACUUUUGUUUUGAGGAAAAAGUGCAGCGAAUCGCUUCUAAAACUCUCUUCAUGUCUGCCCCAUCUCUAUCUCAUCAAAGGAUCAAGAGAGCUUGUGGGGGUUAAGACUACAUGCUUUGUUGAAGAUCACCUUCAUAAUGUGUUUAGCAACCUAACCUGAGCUUUUGAUGGUGUUUUACAGACCCGUGAUAUGUUUUGUGAUAUGUUUUCUGUUCGACAUUUCCUGUAAUGUUUGGCUCAACGUUCUAGGUUAUGAAUAAUUACAUCUAGUAAGCUCAAUUUUGUCGGAGAAGUUGUUCUUAGCAGUCGUGUACCAUCUUCUUAUGUUUGAACCAAAAAUAAAUAAAUCAAUAGGAAUUGUCUUUAUGCAUUUCACAUAAUACUAACCGGAAUUCUUAUGUCGUUUGAAUUCUUGUUGAAAUACCAAAGUCUUGCAUAUCAAAUUUCCCGUCUGCCUGGAACAUGAGAAUAUGAAUACAUCCAUACAUCGUUGAUUAAUAUAACGAAGAUUGUCCAUUAUGUAGCAGUGAAGGUUCACGCAUCAACUUAAAAAAAUUCAAAAUCAUUAUAUAUAAAUUUUCAAGAGCAAAAUUAAAAGAUAAUAUUUGUAUUUUAAUCAAGGUAAAAUAAUAUUCUAUAUUGUGUAUGUGUACAUUGUACCUUGUUGAUGCUAACUGAGAGAGAUUUUGAGUUAUGUAUAGAGUUAUUAAACCACGCCAAUGGUUAAUACGAUAAUUUUUUGAACCAUUGGGAUGCGUCUUGGUAACCCUCUGCUAGAAUUUCAUGUAUUACAACCUAUCAUUAUCAUUAAUAGAACACUUUACAACAGUCAUCUCAUAUGCUCCUUAGUAAAAUAUACUAUAGUUAGCAUCAUUCAAUCGGAUGGCACUCCAGGCCGCAGUUUUCUGCUUUGUACUCUGCGUCAUUGAUGUUGACAUGGUCCCGAUGCUAAUGGGUAAUUUAUACAGACUUCUUGAAUUCCAUUUCGUUUGAAGUUCAGGUCAUUAUCUAUUGAUUAAGAUUAUAACUUCCUUUGAGUAACCAUAUUGUACGAUCAUUGAAAAUCUAUUCCAAUUCGCGUCAGAUUUUUGGUAGGAAAUGCAUAUUUCCAUUCCAUAUUUUGAUUUAGAAGUGAGCACUGAAAUAAUAUACCUUCCUUCCUUUCUUGAAGCUUAAGUGUGACCGCGAGGAUCUGGUGGAAAUAAGUGUAAGCAUAAUGAGAGAAGUAAUCUUUAGAACUGAUUUUCAGUCUGGAGGAUGUGCUGUUGAUACACAUCAGUUACAACAUAUUCUGCCUACGCUGCUGAGUUUUCUAGAUGAACGCGAUUCCACCGCAAAGGCUGUUAUUCUGCUCUUGGCAGAAUUUUGCUACGUGUAUCGCUCUGAGAAAUCGUAUGCGCUUAUGUGUUAUGAUUUGUUACAAUUAUCCAUCAUGUUCUGUGUCUCUCUGCUCAUUUUUUUCCUUCUGUGACUUUUCAUGGUUAAGCAGAAGCAGAGAUGGACCAGGCAUUAUGGAAAUUCUCAAGCUUCUCGCAUCUGGAUCACAUAACCAAAAAAAGAAUGCUGUUGAUGUUAUUGUAGAACUUGUUCAUGGUUAUUCAGAUGCAAAAAAUAAAAUAUCCCCUGCUCUGUGGUAAGUGACUACUCUUUGCAGUUGAUACCGAGUUUCCUUGAGUUACUACAAUGGAUUUUCUAUUAAUUGUUGAAUCUUAUUUAUCAAAAUAUAUAGGCAGGAUAUUGCAAAGCACUUGCUGGAAUGUCUUGGAGAUGAAGAACUUAUAGAUAAUGUAUUGGCGUCCAACCUCUUUCCAUGUCUCGGUAAGUCUAUUUUCAGAUAUAUCUUAAAAAUUCACUCGCUAUCUUAUUUUAUCCACUCUUUAGACCAAGCUCUUGUCCUAUUCUUUCAGAAACUGUAUCAUGGUCAUAGUCACUAUUGUAAAUUGUAAUGGUUUCAUUUUGUAUUUGACGUUCUUGGAUCAUGAACUUUUGACCUUAUUCAGGAAUCUUGAAUAAAGUUUAUUGAUUUUCUGUCAAAACUGUGCGAAUACCGUUCAAUUUUUUGUUUAUUGAACAGUAGGCUGCAUGUAAUUAAGGACCUUGAAGUAGGGGUAUGACGAGGUCUAUGAAGACUUCUGUGUCUUAAGAGAAACAAGCAUCUUCCUAUAACUCAACCACCUUGGCUUCUAGGACACUUAGAUGGCUCUGAUUUCUCUUGUACAACGGCUCAGUUAGGAUUUGAUAGAAUAAGGGUCACGCGAGGUCAAAAGAAAAUUUUCUCGACUGAGUUCCAUGGGAUAAAAAUAAAUAAUUUUGAAGAUUUAUUGUAAUUAUAUAUAUAUAUAUAUAUAUAAUAUUUUUUCGGGACUACUAAGCUGACUUCAGUGCCUUUUCUGAGGUGAUAUGAACGAAAUUUUUAUGUAUCCAUUUCUAAAGUUACCAAUAGCGUACCUGAUCUGUAUGUAACGUACAUGCUGGCAAAAUUUUGCUGGACGUGCAGUACAGAUGCGAACAUUUUAUUGGAUGACAUGUCAUGUUCUCAUAGGACUUCGUAUUUUACUGUUUCCUCUAAAACCUUCUGAAUAUUUCCAAAAAGUUGACUACAUAUCGAUAUAGAAUGGAAAGUCUUAUUGGAUGGGAUUUUUACACGCCAUUUCUUCAUGGUUCGUAGCAUUAAUAUAUUCUUUCUCUGAAAGCCAUUGCAUAUUACUGAACUGUUCUUUGGUCUCAAAGGUAUCUCAUCUUAUCGAAAUUGAAGGAUGCCAAACUUAAUUUUUAUUGUAUUGCUAAAUUAAACGUUUAGAAACAUGGACAAUUAUUUUUUACGUUUACUAGAUACUAACAUUUCUUGAACAUUUGCUCCUUGGUCCAGAUCCUAGUUUUGUUUUGCCUCAGCUAAUUCAUCUUUCAUAUUCGGGUAAUGAAAAAGUGAGCUUUUCUUCUGCUACUGCACUCUCUUCUGUGCUCAGCCACCAUAAUGACUUUAGUGUGAUAGAGAUGCUAGUGGACUCACUCAGGUUCUUUUCCAUACUCUCUGAUUCUCAUACUAUUUGGAAUUGAAUGAAAUUAUCAAUGGAUAAAUAUUUUCCUUUGAUUUCUGUAGCACAGAAAAUUUAUGUUUUUUGUUCUUGUUGCAGUGACCUUAUGAAGAAUCCUGAUUUCUCACUAAAAGCAGGAACGUCAGAGAAAAAUAUAGAGGGCAAAUCUCCAUUGUUACAGUCAGGUGGAUUCUACAUCCUUCCCUUGUGAGGUUCAUCUAUUCUAUUGAUGAAUUUACAUGUUAACUCGAUGUUGCUAACUUUCAUUAGGCCCUUAUGAAGCAGAUAGUUUGUGAACAUUUUCGGAAUGGGUUUUUUAAUGUUCUGAUCAUAGUAUUCAAGGCAUCACUUAGGACCUCGUUGGCAUGGAGGCAUCUAUGCGGUGUGAGCCAUUAAGGCUACCUAAUUGAGUGGAAAUGACUUAUGGUGGCAAAUUGCUGCCUUAGUUGCCUUAAAAACCUUGGUUCUGAUGCAUUGUACUCUUAUGCGAGUAUCUUCCGAGCCUUUUAUCAUACAUAGACCUUAACUAAUUGGAGUUCAUGUCAUUUUUUUAAACUCUUACAAUAAUUGAUGAUUUUUUAAUUGGUUUUCAGGUCCAAAACUGGAUAUCGAUCGUGUAUUGAAGCUGACCCCAGGAUGGUCAGAAAGUGUAUGGCUUGCAACCGUACCUUUUUCCUGAAAAUUUAAUAUUCUAGUGAAGUGUAAUCCAGAUCUGUUUUUCAGUGCGACAAAGUUAUUAUCUUUUGCUGUUGUUUUGCAAUUCUUUUUUCACUCGUAUUACUCUGUGUUUGACCAUAUAUGGUUCACAUUAAUGUUUGGGUAGUGACUGAUAUUAUCGGUGUCUGUUUCUAAGUUGAAGAUUGCAUGCUCUUUUUGCAGUGCACGCAUGUUUUUCUUAGAUUUGUGCAUUUAUUAUUGGAUUUUAUUGUAAAUAUGAUAUUUUAUGUUUAUAUUGAAGGGAUGGCUGAGCUAUCUUUCUAAUUGAAAUAAAGAGGUUGGAAUCUUGAAUAUAUCAGACUCACCAUAUGAUAUUGAAAAUUUGAUGUUUUCUUAGUUUGAUUUGAAUCUUGUAAAAACCUGGGGUAAAACUCAAGAUGAUUCACUUUUGUUUUUAUAAUCAAACUAUAAAAUUCCUGAGUUGCAGGGUUUUUAAUGAUCCUUAUUUUUACAUUCACAUUUUGGCUCUGUUUCUUCAAAGACAUUAUAACCUUGGGUACACUUCUCUUCUAAAGAAUUAUCAAAGAGCAUAGGUACGAGGAAAUGAAGCGGGAAGGACUAGAGGAGGCCGUCAAAAACUUAUAGGCAUUCACGUAAUUCUAGGAAUACUUGCAAAUUUGACGGGAGCUUCAUAUAAUUUGGGGAGGUAACUCCUCCGAACAGGGGAAGACAUUAUUCAACUGGAAGUUGUACUUCCAAGGACUAGCUCAUGACAGGUUUAGGAGGGAUUCAAGCCCAAUAAUGACAAUGACUCCAAAAUCCUGUCUUCAAGAAAGUCAUCUCCUUGAUAAAGCAUAUAGCCCGAAGAAAAACUUGCCACUGCUAUUUUCUUUCCCCUUCUCUUCUCUUGUUACCCUCUCUCUUUUCGUUUAAUGAAAACUGAUAAUUGAUGGAUUGGGAGGAGUGCUGAAACUGUGAACUAGUAAUUCAAGUCCAAGCUCAGUCGUUGAAUAAUUUACUGCUUAUUUGAUGGAACAUAGUGUCUGCACUGAAGUUUUAUUUAUAAAAAAUGGUUAUGUUUUCUGUGUCUUGCAGAUUGAACGUAACUAUGCAUUUGGCUUAUUUCAAGAAAAGUGAUAAUAAUAUGCAACGAAAACAUAAAAUCUUUUAGCAUUGAAAAGAUCAAUUACUUCGUAUUGCUUCAUUCAGUUGAAGGAUACUCGAGAUAAUCUAUAAGUGGACCAGCACGUUUGGCAGCCGGUGCUUCUUGUUGCUAACAGUGGCUAUUUAUAUCGUGUCCUAUGCUAGGUCUAGUAUGCUUUCGUUUUAGUGAGAAACUCACCUCUUUUAGUACCUGUGAGAGGUUCUCCGAUGCAUAGAAACUUACUUCCUAUUUUCUUCCGCUUUGUGAUCCUUGCUUUGGUUAGGAGGCAUUUGGAUAUUUCACAUUGUAUCUAGGGAUGAUACAGAAAAACGUAGAGUUGCUGGAUUUCUCUACUUUGCUUAAAAUAUGAUGACACAAUUGUUCAGUUUCUUUGCUGACUAUUUGUUUCAUUGUUUACGUGUAGGUAAAAAAAAUUGAUAUCUUGAUCGAUCAGCUAAUUGAAAAGAUGUUUUUGAACCCAUCAAAUCAUGUUCUUCUUCGGUUUAUGAGUUAUUUAAGUGAACGGUUAGCAGAAGCCGGAGAUUUAGUCCUGCAUCGUGUUCUGGUACAUAUGCAAGGGCAGGAGUAAGUAAAUGCCUUUCAUUGUCACUAAUCGACUUUCUUGGUUUUCUGCUAUUGAACCUGGUCAGGCUGCGGAGUAACCCAUCUAUGCAUCCACACACUUCACAACUCGAGUGAUUUGGUAGCUAGAACCUUGGUUGUGACGCAGUGAAAGAAAUAUGCUUUUUCCAAAGAUGUCAGAUCUUGGAGGGAUUCGUUUCAUUAGGUGGUAACUGGUUGGUUUUCUUGAUUAACAAGUGAUAAUACGUAAUUCGUAGCUUGCUUAUACCCUGUACUUUCCAAGUGUGCUAGGGUAACUAACGAUUAAAGGAUCGUUACAUUGUACUCAUGUUUUUGGAACUUCACACUGCUUUUUCAUGAUGGUUUGAAAACUUGGGCUGUGUAAUAAAGUACCAUCAACCUUAUUAGACUAUUAUCAGAAAAAAUGGCACUUAAAUUUUCUCUGUGAUCGGUAGCUGAUGUUUUGAGACAGUUGCAUCCUGACUCCAUGAAAGCAAUGGAGGAAGGAACGGCAGAUGGCAUCUGAGACACUGUCUGCAAUUUCAUGUCUCCACCGUCAACUGUCAUGUGAGACCUGACAUCUUUUACUGGCUUCUUCAAGCACUAUCCAUUUCGGAUGCCAAGUUAUGCUCCGGGUAUCUGGUAUACUGCAGAAUUUCUUUGGGGACUUGGGAUUCGAUAAUGCAGAAUGUAGUGAAAAAGCUUUGUCUGACUGCUUGCCAAUAAUGAGAGAUUUGGGUAGGUUCUUUGCAAUUUGAUUAGGGUAGCAUGGAUGAUAAUGGAAUUGAGCUAGUGAUUUCAAAACAUCUCAUUCAGAAAAUAGAUUUAAAUGAACAACAAAGAUGGAGGAAUAGUAAAUUGAUUUGUGUGCCUAUAAGAUAUUUAACUUAAAGCAUUGAUGAUCUUAAAUUUCCUCCAUUGACUAUGGUUGCAAUUGAUGUCGAGAAUGUCUGGUUAGAUAAUGAAGUAUAUGACACAAUUUUCAGUGUCUAUCUUGAGGAUAGGACUCUAUACUUCUAACCGCACAUUUGACUUGUUUUUCCAACGUUUUGUAUAUUUUCGUCAUUUUCACUUGGCAUUCUUUUCCCUUUUCUGUUCUCUUUUAGUUUUUUUAGAAAUGCUUUAGUUUCUUUUUGGUUUGUUAGAUGAUUGAGUUAUCCAUCACUUUUUUUGACAUAAUUCCUUAUUUUGGUGUGACAUCAAGAACAUACCUUCAAUAAAACAUGAACACUUCUGUUUUUGACAUUACUGUCCUUUUGCAGUAUGGAUGAAAGCUGGGUCUCUGAUAGAAGCAAAGAGAGUUUUGAAAGUGACAACGCAAUCAGAUUAAAGAGUUCCGUGUUUAGCCGUCUUUGUCCACUAUUGAUUCUUAGACUCCUCCCAUUGAAGAUUUUUGAUAAUUUGGGGUCCUCGACACUAUAUGGUGUAUUUCCUAACGAAGAAAAUUGGAAGGGUAUGUUAUUGCUUUAUUUUCCCUUAUUCCCAGUUUCUCAAUCUCUGGAUCCCUUGUUCGCAAUCAUUUUCUCUUAGUUUCUGAACUGUGCUUCCCUUAUUCUUCUAGUUUCAUUGUUGGUCGGUGGCUUAGCUAUCAUUAUAACUGGAUUCACAAAUUUGAUAACACUGGUCUUAGUUAUGGUUGAAAUGAAGUAUUUCUUUCUCAAUUUCUAGCCUUGAGAGAGAAUCCAUCUAAGUUGCUUUAAAUAGCUUGAUUUCAAGGAGAUCCAGAUGUCAACAGUCAAUUGUGUAUUGGUGUUUGCAGAUAAAAUAACGUGUGUUCGCUUGUAUAUGAUUUUUAGAAAUUAUUUGAAAGAUUCAAUAAUGAUUUUUUCCUGGGAAAUAAAGAAAUGCAAGUCACUUCGUGCUUCACCUUUGCUUUCCUUCGAUACUCAAUUGAUUAUGUUGGAUUAUGGUUAUCUAUCCUGGCACAGCCCACCCUCUCAUGAUAUAUGAUAACACUUUUGUUUGACUUUUUUAAAAAAAAUUCAGCUCAAAAAGAUGCAUGUAUGAGCAAUCGUGAAAGCAUCGCUCCUCUACUCAUUAACAGGUGCUUGGAGCUUUUACAGUUUGUCUCUUUUCAGUGGUAAAUAAUUUUUACACGUUAAGAUUUCUUCUUCCCUUGUUUCGUUCAGAGCGUUUGGUUUAUUUGAAUACGAAGAUGUACGGAAACUUGCAGCUGAGCUAUGUGGGCGUCUUCAUCCUCAGGUACAUAGUUCACCUAAGUUUCAUUCAUUUACAAAAUAUACCUCACUACUUCAUCGAAUAUUUCCUCUUCAGAAUCAUCCAUUAUUUAUGAAUGAAGUAUACUUCAUUACAUCAUCUUGGAAUACAUCAGCCGCUAGACAGUGGGCUCGAAGAGCCUUGGCUCUCUUGGGUGACCAUAAUGGGGUUAGGAGCGUGUGUGUGGGGGGGCAGGGCAGCCUGUGAUGUCACUGGGUGUUUAUUGAUAGCGACCGAUUCCACUCGUCACAAAAACUUGAAUAUUUCUUUGAGAAAUACUCCGUUCGCUGCCCAUUUAUCGAUGUUAAGUGACAAGUCUGCACACAGCCACUGAGAUUGGAUCUUCAACCAUUUACCAAGGAACAACUCAGUGUAAAAGGAAGCUUGUGACUGAUAACUGGGAAGCUCUCCAGCCUCUCUUCUCCCUGGGCAUGCCACCUGGGUUUCUACUCUUGGAAACUUUUAUAAUAUCAGUGCAAUAGCCCCUCUACCAUGUCGUUCUCUGAUCUCCAUCUAUUUAUCUCUUUCUUGGCUUUGUCCAGGGCUGUCCAGGGACCUGGCCUAGGUUGGGUCUUAUGGUCAAAUUUAAUUGGACUUAAUUCCUUUGAAUUUAAAUUAUUGAGUAUUAUUCUAAUAAUCAUUUUAUUGAUUGGAAAUAUUUAGGAAGAGAAUUUUCGCUACCAAUUGUGACCCUCAUAUUUUCCUUAUUUUCUACUAAUAAUGAUAAAAAAAGAGUUAUCAUGUGAUGUAAACAGAGACUUGCUGCUGCAUUAUGUGAUUGAUUCUUUUCUCAGGUCCUCAUUCCCAUCGUUGCAUACCAUAUAAGAUCUGCUUCAGAAUCCCGUGAUGCACUCAAGUUGAAAGCUUGCUUGUUCGCAGUCUGCACUUCUCUCGUGGUAAUCUCUCUUUGCUUUUUAUUCCAAGGAAUGAACAUUUUAUUUCUCUGCUCCUUACUCCCCACACCAUUUUAUUACCAUUUAGGGUAGGGGCGCUGAGACUGCAUCGCACCCAUCAAUGGCUGAAAUCAGACAAGUAAUCGAUUCUGUGCUGUCCUGGCCGUCCGUUGGCUCCGACGAAGGCAAGCAGGGCCUAUUUUCUUCCCCUUCCCCCUGUCAAAAAAAAAGAAACCCAUCUCUGCACGCUUGUUUCUUGCUUCCUGACCAGAUGAUCUCCUGAUCCUAGUUCCCAAGGCGCAGCACGGGUGCGUCGAUUGCCUGGCGCUGAUGAUCUGCGCCGAGGUUCAGUCGCCGGAACCUCUCCGGGGGCCGAGAAAUCAUCCGGGUUUGUUCUUCGGAUUGCUAAUUGGGUCGAAUCUGAAUGCCAGAUCCUCGAUUCCCUUCGUCGUUUUUCUAAAUUUGGGAGUACUAUUCGUUGCAGGAGGGUCUGAUGCUUUAGCUGGUUCUGCUGUUCUGACCCGCGUGAUGCAGAGGCUGGCAUCUGAAUCACCUUCUCCUGAUCAUCAUGAACUCGGUUCUUCGCCGGCAUCUCGCCUGUUCAUGGCCAGUGUUCUGAUCAGCGCAUGCCAGAAAGUCGCGAGCUCCGAGCGAUCUGAGCUCGCUCGUAGGAUCCUUUCAGCUCUCAUUCCUUCCAUCGAGGUGAUUAAUCUUCUUUCAUUCUACUUUUCGCGUUCAUCCAUGGAAUCGCUGACUCUCUUUCUCUCUCUCUCUCUCCUUCCCUCUCUCUCAAUCGCUGGACAGCAGUCGAUAGCAGAUUCGGAAGUCAGACCCGCUUGCCUCCAGGUUCUCUUCUCAGCUGUCUACCAUCUGAAGUCGUCGGUGCUCCAAUACUCCAUGGAUCUUUUCAAGCUUUCCAUAAAAGCGCUCAAGAAAGGAUCAGAGAAGGUGACUGGAAGUCAAUGUCUUGCCCUGAUAUGGUUCGCCCGGGCACUUCUGACCGCCAAAGCUUUUGACUUUUUUCGCAGGAGAAGAUUGCUGCCGCCAAGCUCUUAGUAGCUCUCAUGGCCAGUGAAGAUGGGAUCGUCGAGAGAAUAUCGACGGGCCUUAUCGAAGCAAAAUCGACCUUGGCCAGCAUUUCCAUGGCGGAUUCCUCUUCCAGGGAGCUGCGGCAGCUGUGUGAGAAAUUGCUGGCCUGUUUGACUUCCCCAUUGGAAGGCCUCAUGCUCGGCGCAUACAGACCGGCAACCUGA